AUGUCAACCUUCAAAGUGGUGAGGAAGAAGACCGUCACCAGCAACAAAUCUGAAGCUCGAAAGAGUGUGGUUGAUGAGCUUGAUCCAAAUGAAAUUCCCAAUAUCAACAACAACAAUACAUCAACAACAAUCUCCUCCUCUUCUUCUUCAUCAAAUAACAACAACAACAACACUUCAACAACAGCAGCGGAUACCUAUGGCGAUGAUGAUGAUGAUGGCUACGACGACGAAGUGAGUAAACCUGUAACAACAAACAUCAAUCCUUCUCCGAUCUCUUCAAAAACAACCACAACGACAACCACCACGACAACCACUACGAUUCCCACCGCCUCCACAACAGCCGAUGAAUAUGGCGAUGAUGAUGAUGGCUAUGAAGAUGCAACCACAAAUAGCACUCCAUCCAAAACGACUACAACCGAAAAAACCACCACCACCACUCCCGCCACCACCACCACCACCUCUGCCACUACAACUUCUUCAUCAGCAACCACCACCACCACCACAUCAACACCAACAACAACACCAAGCUCGGGUGCUGAUGAUUCCAAAGACUCCUCCUCAAAGGUUAAGAAGGAGGACGAUAUCAAUUAUCUCAAGAAACGUUACAAGAAGAAACAAAAGGAAUGUGAGGAAUUGAGUAAAAAGGUGGAGGAAUUGGAGAAGGCUCUUGAUCAAGAAAAACAAUCAAGUAGCAACAAUAACUCUUCUCAAGAAUCCGACAAAAAGUUGAAAGAGUUGGAAAAGUCUUUGAAUGAUUUGGAACAAGCAAAACAAAAGUUACAGAAAGAUUUGAUCGAAGAAAAGAACAAGGCAGUAGCUGAUAAAGAGUCACAACUGGAGAGUGUUAAAAAACAAUUGGAAGAGAAAACUAACGAGUUGAAGAAGGAACAGGAAUCCAAUCAAAAACAAUCCGGUGAGCUGGCUCAAAGUUUGAAAAAAAGAAAUUGA